AUGACGAAAAGCGUGGCCUCGUUGGGAGUCGCAGUAAACCUUUUCGGUCUCUACAUAAUCCUCUACAAAUCGCCCACACAUUUCAAAACGUACAAAUGGCAUUUGGCGAAUCAUCAGAUCUGGUCACUGUUGUUGGAUCUGUUCGCCGGCUUGAUGAUCACCCCGGUUUUCUUCUUCCCGAUGCCCGUCGGCUAUCCAACUGGCCUUCUCUCGCACGCGCUCCCGCCAGAGAUCUUGAUGGGAUUUUUCCUCAUCGGCGUUUACGCGUUUUUUCUUGUUCCGCAUUUGGUGCUCUUUCCGCAAACAAUUCAAAAUCAAACCGAAGCAAAAGCGGCACUUAUUGAGCACUAUCCGAUCUACGAGUCUGUCGUGAACAUCUCCGCAAUUUUAGUCUUCUAUUUGCCGACGAAUCCCCUUUUCUACACGUACAUGCUCGUGUGUGGGGUGAUGUGUACGACUUUCAUCAUCGUCGUCACCGCUUUCCUCUUUCAUACGGCUGCGAUUUUGCGACGAAAGGAUAAAUACGCGAAUUUCAAGACACAACUCGCACACAGGAAGUACAUUAUGAUACUUAGCACACAGAUGAGUAUUCCGAUGAUCGCCUUGUUGGAACCGGGUGCUCUUCUUGGGCUAAUCAUGGUGUUCAGAAUUUGGAAUGUGCAAGAACUAGCCCAUCUGGCUUUUUUCACGUUCGCUUCACACGGAUUGGUGGGAACGGUGACGAUGCUGAUCCUUAAUGAACAUUUCAAGGCAUAUUUGGCGAAGAGAUUCUGUAAUGCUCGAGAUCCCGAUGAACCGCAGCCGAUCUCGCUGAACGCUAUCUCAAAAGAUGUCGAAAAUAAUGGACAAGAACGGCCGAGUCUCGCUUCGUUACGAGCACGAGCUGCUGGCGGAAAUCAUUUCGCGGUUUCCGGUGGAUCGCCGACGAUUCGCGUGUUGGAAUUUGAUGCACCGGGUGGUGGAGGGGGAAAUGGAGGAGGAGAGGUGAUGCCCGGGAUGAGCAAUCGUUUAAGAACCGGU